CUCUGCCACAGAGGACUGAGGAGUGGUAGGGUUUUCGAUUUAAUAAAAUAUUAAUGCGGAGAUUUCAAAACUAAUUACAUUGCUAUAACGCUCAACUAAAGAACAAACCUUCGCGCAAAUUAAAAAAUCCUAAAUAAAAAUAGAAAAUUGAUACAUAAUGGAUGAAUAUUCACGAGAACCCUGCCCGUGGCGUAUUUUGGACGACUCCGGUGGCGCUUUCAUCAUGGGUGCCAUCGGUGGAGGAAUAUUUCACUCAAUAAAAGGAUUUAGAAAUGCACCAGUCGGAUUCAGCCGAAAGAUGCUUGGCAGCUUAGCCGCAAUCAAAGAGCGGUCACCAAUAGUAGCUGGCAACUUUGCAGUAUGGGGUGGCAUGUUUUCCACAAUAGACUGCUCUCUUGUAUACGUGCGGCAGAAAGAGGACCCUUGGAACUCUAUUAUGAGUGGUGCAUUGACUGGUGGAAUACUGGCUGCAAGAAAUGGUGUACCAGCAAUGGCGGGCAGUGCACUAGUAGGUGGGAUCCUGCUUGCCCUCAUAGAGGGCAUUGGUAUCAUGUUCACACGCCUCUCAGCAGAACAGUUCAAGCCUCAACAACCAAUAUUUGAAGACCCCUCAAUUCUGGGCCAGAGUCAGGGACAAGGGCAGUCCUACCAAUAAACUUUUGACAUUUCUUAUUGGUUAGUUCUCAACCUCAUGAGUCGAGGUUUAGCCCCCAUGUUCAGCAGUGAAUGUAUCUAAAAUUUAACUGUACAGUUUCAAUACAAAUUGGAAAGUAUUUAAGUAUUACAAAAGUAAAUCACUGAUUCAAUCAUCGCUUGACAAUUUCCUUCUUUCAUAAAAAAAUAAUCAUUUAUAUUUAAUUUGUGUACAUACAACUGUUUUAACUGUACAGUUAAUUUUGUUUUGCUAAUAAAUAGCAAAGUUAAUCUUUUACUUUAAAACAAAAAUAGAGGUUUUAAUUUAUAAUAUGAACAGGAAGCAUCUGUGAUAUUUGCAGUCCAGUACUGAUUGCUACUAUGUUUGCAUAGCGGUGAGAAACUGGUGUUAAUGGUAAAAUUGACCCUUUCACUGUUCCGUAAAACUUUAACUCAUCAAAGUAAUGAACACUUUCAGUGCCAAGUGCCCCAUUUCUAAUACAAAAUGAACACACCUACCAUGUACUUGGCAGUUGAUGUGUUGAGUAACUAAAGCCUUAUCUAUUUAUGUCUAGACAGAUCAUACAUAAAAGGAAAGGCUAUCAGUAGUUUGACAAAUCUAUCAGGACAUUUGAUUCCGAUCUCGAAUUGUGUUAUUAUACUUGUAAUGUUUAUGAGGAAAUAAUAGUGGGACCUCAUAAUUUACCAGUAACAUUUUUGUUUUUCAUUUUUUAUUAGUUUUUAAAGUAUUUCAUAGUAUGAUGUCAUUGUCACUUUCUAUAUUUUAUUUGUUUCCCAUAUAUUUGAUUGUGACCUCAUUUUAGAUGUACCUGCCAUUAUGUGAAUUGAAGAAUCAUUCCCCAGUCUCAUGAAGAAAUAUUUGUUCCUUUCUUCAGGCUGAUAGGCGAUUCUAUUUCACAUAGGUAAAUUGAAUAUGGACAAUAUGCUAUGAAGUAUUUCCCUAUUUCUUGUAAUCUUGUUUGAUUAUUAACACAUUCAACACCAAGAACCCGACUGUCGGGUACACUGUUCGUAGCGACUACGCGC